AUGUCGCUGUUUACAUCACUUCCUUUUCUUCUCCUGAUUGUGGUGACAGCAUCUUGUGCAGACACAGAAACAGAGAACUGUGAGAAUAUCCAGAAGACCUGCCCUGUGAUUGCCUGUGGUCCUCCAGGCAUCAACGGCUUCCCAGGCAAAGAUGGGCGUGAUGGUGCCAAGGGAGAGAAGGGAGAACCAGGUCAAGGACUCAGAGGCUUGCAGGGCCCUCCUGGAAAGAUGGGGCCUCAAGGAACACCAGGGAUCCCUGGGAUGCCAGGACCAAUAGGCCAAAAAGGAGACCCUGGAGAAAAUAUGGAUGACUAUAUUAGCCUGGCUACUUCAGAAAGAGCAACUCUACGAUCUGAAUUGAACCAGAUCAAAAACUGGCUAAUCUUCUCUCUGGGCAAAAGAGUUGGAAAGAAGGUAUUUUUUACCAAUGGUAAAAAGAUGCCUUUUAAUGAAGUGAAGACUCUAUGUGCACAGUUCCAGGGCCGUGUGGCCACCCCUAUGAAUGCAGAAGAAAACAGAGCCCUCAAGAAUUUAGUCACUGCAGAGGCCUUCCUGGGCAUCACAGAUCAGGAGGCUGAAGGCCAGUUUGUGGAUCUGACAGGAAGGAGGGUGACCUACCAAAACUGGAAUGACGGCGAGCCUAACAAUGCUUCUCCUGGGGAGCACUGUGUGACGCUUUUGUCGGAUGGCACAUGGAAUGACAUCUCUUGUUCCGCCUCCUUUCUGGCUGUCUGUGAAUUCUCUAUCUGAGGGAGCAUGAGCCUCAGGUCCUCCCAUCCCUUUUCUCAUCUCAUGGGCCCACAA